AUGCCCAACAUCACCAUCUUCGAGCGCAACGUUCUGAACGUCAAGGCAGCUUAUAUGUGGCAGGAACUCAUCAUGUCGUUCCGCCGUGUCACGGCCCGCGUCGGCAUCGACCACGUCGACACCAAGAUUGCCCCCGCUGAUACCAAGCUCCGCACCGUGGGAGACUACACCGUCUGGAAGCAGGCCAUCAAGGAGAAGAUCAAUGACGCCGGUCUUCUCGGCCACUUUGAGGGCACUGCCAUUCGUCCCCAGCAGCCGGCCAGCGCGGUUGAGCGCUUCGACAAGAACAGCCAGAUCGUGAAGGACUAUAUCCUUCAGACCAUCAAGAACCCCGUCAUUCAGGAGACUGUUCUCCAGAGCCUCAUCGACGGCGAGGCGAGCCUUGCGACCCCCAUCGACAUCAUGAAGGCCGUGGCGGCUCAGACCCGCAAGCAGCGCGUCGCUUACUUUGAGAUGCUCGACGAGCUUCUCACCAACGACGGCACUGAGUAUGCCAACAUCGGAGCCCUCGCCGCUGAGUUUCACGGAAAAUGGCUCGACAUCAAGGCCAACAACCCGACUCUCUCUGAUGAUGUCUACAUCAACGUGAUGCUCCGCGUCACCAAGAAGGCGUACCCCGACGCGUAUCUCAACCUCGAGAGCGAGCUUUUCAUGGGAACUCUCACGGUCACCACCAUGCGCGCCGUCCUCCUCGACGAAGCCGACCGCGGCAUCGUCGGCGAAGGCGUCGUCAUGGUUCGCGCCCAGCAGAACACCCCCGCUGCCUUCUAA